AUGUUCAGUAUAGAAUUGGUGGAGCUGGCACUCAGAAGUGAAGAUAAAGAUGCAUACCAGUUAGAGCUUAAGCUGUACUGGUGCUCUCUGCUUUACUGCUGGGGCCUGCUCUACUGCCAGUUCUACAACACUGUCAAAAAAAUCUUCACAGCCAGUCAGCAUUUCUCAUUUGCAAAUAAGAACCUGGACAUAUUAACUCUGGAUUCCAGACUGCAGUUCUAUAAGACUCAGAAGAAGUACUGGGUUACUGCUACUGUUCUGCAGACCAUGAACUGA